CAUCCAUAAAACGCAAUUUUUCCUUCUUGUUUUUUUAUAAGCAUUAAUCAUAUAUGUUAGAUUAAAUGUAAAUAUUAAUUUGUUUUUCUUUAUUAUCGUGAUACGUUCUUAAUUGUCCCGUUCUUCCAGAAUCGUGUGUAUUUUGUUUUUUAUAUAGAAAAAUAUUCCUUUAUUGUCUGUCAUCGUCUUUUGUUAGUUUGUAUUUCACCUGUUGCUCGUCCAAAGUUAAUGCCUGCAUGAAAAGAAAAUUAUUUUUAUUAUUUGGAUUUACACAUAAUGUCAAAUUAUCCGUAUGAGUAUGAAAGAUGUUUAGAUAUGGAACAAAUAGGAGAGUCGCCUCAAAGGCAAACUCACUCUCUAGAGGGUUUCGUUCCUCUCCUCGGUCUUACGGAAGGAUGUGGUGCACUUCUCGUGAUCCUGAUAUUUGUAUGGACAAGUUUCUAUAGAAAUGGUUUUUCAUGGAGAUCAAAUCCGGGACUUGAAUUCAAUUGGCAUCCCUUGUUAAUGGUCAUAGGAUUUGUGUUUUUGUAUGCCAAUGCCAUGCUCAUCUAUAGAACGCAACGAAACGUUCGCAAACGCCGAUUAAAGUUGAUCCAUGCAGGAUUGAUGUUAUUUAUUGUAUUGUUGAUUGUGAUCGCUUUAAUAGCAGUCUUCGACAGCCACAAUCUAGCUUCGUCACCUAUACCGAACAUGUAUACAUUGCAUAGCUGGGUCGGAUUGACCACCGUAAUAUUAUUCUGUUGUCAGUGGGUUGCUGGAUGUAUCACGUUCCUCUUUCCUGGAUUGCAAACUCCAUUACGAGCUUCCUAUAUGCCGAUACAUGUGUAUUUUGGCGUCGCAGCCUUCAUCGGCGCUAUUGCUUCGUGUUUACUAGGACUUAACGAGAAAGCAAUCUUCACAUUAAAGAACAAGUACGCAGAUUUUGAUGGUGAAGGAGUACUAAUGAACUGUAUAGGAUUGCUGCUCAUAUCAUUCGGAGGUUUAUCCGUAUAUUUGGUGACACAGGAACGUUAUCGACGUCUACCAAGACCCGAAGAUGAAGUCUUGCUAUCUGGUUAAUGUAUGAAUUGUGAUGUUACUUGAUCUGCUUUCCUUAAUGUCAACAAUAUCAAGUUAUUCAAACUCAACGUACUUACUAUAAGAUUUUGAUACGUUGCAACUUUAUAUUAAAUAAUUUAUAAAUAUGAUUUGACUUAUUGGGGCACAAGGAAUAAGAAACAUUAAUAUUUAUAGUAUUAAUUCUUUAAGUUCUAGUCUGAAUAUAUUUUUUACUAAUUUUUCAAUAUUUUCAUAGAGAUAAAAAUAGAGUAGAUAAAAAAAAAAAUAUAUAUAUAUAUAUAUUAAUGUAAAAGCAAUUUUAUUUUUCUUAAAACUUUUUGGUGCUAGAUUUACUUAUCAUGUAUACACAUAUGAUAUACAUAUAAUAUGCAGUCUCAAUAAUAUGCGAUGUCUAUUUUGCGAAUGAAUUGAUAUACAAAUGUAAUAUAUAUAAUAAUAUAUAAACAUGUUACAUGAAUAU